CCUUUUUUGCCCCUUUUAUAAAAUUCACCGGUGGGCAAGGGAGGAUAAAGCAAAAUUAAAUGUAAAGCAGAAAAUAAGAGCGGGGACGAGCGUCCCAGGUUAGCGUGAGUUUAUUUCGUUUUUAUUCAACUUUUUUUUUUUUUAAUUCACACUUUAAUUCAUUCCUGCUCUCCGCAGGACCCCCGGGGACGGGUGGGGACGGCGCAGGGCACCGGAGAGCCCCGGCCCGGCCGUGUACCCCCCCCGGGACAGCUCGGCCGUGCCCGGUAAGGACCGGGGAAGCCUUCCCGGUGCUGGGACAAGGAGGAAGAGCGGAACCCCCGAGCCCGGUGCCGGCUCCUGGAGGGCGGCGGGGAGGCUCAGAGGGGACAGGGACCCCCCCCGCCCCGGAGCUUGCCCUUUCGGCAGCCGAUUUCACGCCUCUCCGGUUGUGGGUCACAGGCUGGGCCCUCGCAGGACCCGAGGGAACAUCGCCGGGAGACGCCGGAGCGGAGGCGGGGGUCAGGGCUCUGUAAUUUUCCUCGGCCCGCUCCAGCCUCCCCCCUCCGCGGCUCGGCGCAGGGCAGGGGCUCGCCCGGAGGGUCGGUGGCUCCAGGCUGCACCCCGGGCGGGGAGGUGGAAAUCCCUUUUGGGCCAAAUAAAGCCCAAACACUAACUCACAUUAAAUGUGUCCCACUCCUGUUCCUUCCCCACCUCCGACCCGUGCCUCCCCGCUUCCCGGCUGCGCACGGGCCCCGGGGGGGGGGGGGGGGUCAGAACGGGACCCCGCUGCCCUGGCCCGGAGCAGCCCCCCCGGCGCAUCCAAGCCGGAUGGGAUUUGCACGGCCAGCAGGAAGCAUCCGAGCAGUCAGACCUCGAUCUCCUCUGGAAAGCGCCGUGAGGACAGACGAGCUGCAAACCCCCUGAAAUCCUCCCGGCCGGGAGGCUGCCCCCCUUCCCGGGAACCGCUCCGCCGGGGGCAGGCUGCGGGGGUCGGGGCAGGCUCCGGGGGCAGCCCGCGAGGUCCUUCGUUUUUAAAGCGGGUUUGACCAUCACCAGCCACCGGAGCAUCCCGGAUCAAGCCGCUGUUGCGUUUGUGAAGUCUCUCCGUUUGGUUUUCCCGCCCCUAAAAUAACCGCAUUGCUUCUGCCCUGCUCGCGCUCCCCUGGGAAACGCACCGGGCGCCUCUGUAAUUAACCGUAAUUAAGCUUUUACCCGAGCGCAGGUGAGCGGCGCGUACCGGAGGCAGCAUUAAAACCGCGAUCGCUGCGUCAACGCUCAGGAGCUGGGAAGGGAAGGAAGGCGAAAUCCCAGGCCGCCCUCUUCCACCAGCGAACCCGGCCCGGGCAGGAAGGUUAGAGGCGAGGUAAACGCAAAGCCUCGGGUUUAUCUGACGGGCUCCCAGCCUUCAGCCGGGGGGGAGAAAGCCCACCUCCAGCGCCCGCGGGGCAGGAGCCAGCCUAAUUGUCAGAUUCCAGGCACGGAGCCCAGCGAGGGCAGCAGGGGAAAAGCCACGGAUACGUUUUGCUGUCCCGAAGUCCCCUGCCCCGGCCACCCUGCCCCGGGUCAGCGGCGGAGACGGAAGAGCGGCCACCGAGCCCCCCUCCCGGCGCUGCUCCCGCGGGGGCGCCUACCAAAACCCCCCCGGAGCGCGCUGGUUUUAGCCCGGUUUUUGCGGAAAUCGCCCCGAAACGAAGGGAUGAAGAAGCCGGGCGGCUCUGCGGUGCUUUCGGGCCGGGUGCCGCAGCCGCCCGGAGCGCACGGCAGCGGCCCCGGGAUGCCGCAGCGAGCCCCGGCCCCUCGCCAAGGGCCCUCGUCGCUGUCCUGGGCGUAAAGGUCAAAAUUCUCCCCCCCCCCCCCCCCCCUUUUUUUUUUCCCCCUUGUUCCACGCCCUGGAUGAGGCGCUGGAGGCCGGGGCCGCUCUCCCCGCCGGCAGCUCGGCGGGGAAAAGCGCGCUUCGUUACGGCAAAAAACGAGCAAAAAAAAAUCAGAGCGAGGCGAGGAGGCGAUUUUAGCUGCGGCAGAGCGAAGCGCCUGGACAGCUCCAAAGCCGCAUUUCCCCGCAGAAAGGCGGAGGGGCGAAGCGACCCCUUCCCCAAGCCGGGGCAGCCCCGGGGGAUGCCGAGGUCCCAGCGGCUCCCAUGGGGAACUGGGAGAUUGGCACCAGGUCGCGCAAACGAAACCCUAAUAGGCUAUUUCGGGACUACCGGCUCUUAACAAAUCUAUAGCACCUGAAGUGUUAGCACUCAAUUAGUGACAAGGUUUCAAAACCCGGCGUUUACCGGCGAGGUAUAAACAGAGUCCUGGGAGAUAGCCGGGAAUUAGAGCGGGAGGGGGCCCUGGACGUCUUACCCGGCCGGCAUUAAGAGGAAAACUUUUUAAAAGGCCCCAGCUCGCUCUCUAAACAGUCCGAGGUGUCGAAAGCUCGGGGGGAGGGAGGAUGUGCUCUCCGGGGCUAAUUGCGUGGGUUUUUUGUUUGUUUGUUUUCAGCGAGGAAAGGUCUCUCUCUAUACCCAUACACAUAUAUUUAAACGAAUUUCAUUUAACGAGCGCGGGAAGAAGCAACGAGGGGUGGGGAAAUCAAAGGGGCGCGGGGGCCAGGCUCAGCCCGGAGCAAUCCAAAGCGACCCCAAAGCACCGCAGGAGCGGUGCGGGACAGCUCGGGGGGGGGGGGCCGGGUACCGGUGAUGCCCGGCGCCCCCCGGGGUCCCAGCACCUUCCUGCCGAGGGCCAGGAGGUCCCGUGGGUGCCAGCCCCGGGGACACCGGAGCCGAGGCGCCUGCAGGGUGCGGAGCCCGGUCGGCGGGGCCAUAAAGGGCGGCGCUGCGAGGCGCCCGCAGCCAGCCCCGGCUGUCGGGGCGAGCCUCGGCCCCUCUGCUCCGCCACGAUAAACGGAGCGGGCUCGGAGCAGCGAGCUGGAGAGCACCGGGGAGAGAGGCAGAGGGGGGAGCGGGUGGCGAGCCCCGACCCGGAAAGUCCGUGAGCUGCUGUGUGUCAGGGACUUAUUCAUCAAUCAGCCGGACACAGAGCAGACCUGGCCUCUCUUUGCGGAGUGUUUGCUUUUUCACCAAUUAUUGCGGCCCUGCAGCUCUUUUUGUUGAUACAGUAGUUCUAAAAAGUGCUAAUGUUCAUUUAUCAGGGGGCCGAGCCCGGGACUCCCACUAGUUGUGAUUCUUCCAAAAAUAUAAACACGCAGAGAAGGGCUAAGGCUAAAGCCCCCAUUUGUUUCUAAACUGCAGUAUUAAAAGUGAUGCAUUGUUGAAGAUAAAGCGGAGAUAACGCUGUCUGUCUCCAAUGAAUGUCUCCCCGACGCAUUAAUGACAUUCCAAAUGAUAGCUGCGGCUUAUCGUUCAAUUAAUCACUUCCACCCUCUGCAGCCGGGCCCACAUCGAUCGGGAGCCGCCGGGUGAUUCCAGCCCUCCAGGCCCCGCUUCGGGGCCGUUUGGUGGCCGGCGGCUCUCCGCUCCUCUUCCUCUCCUCCUCUUCCUCCCCGGGGACGCCCCGCUGGGGAUGCGCUGCGGGCCGGGGGCGGCCGGGGCCGGACCCCGCCGGGGCCGGAGCCGCUUCCCCGGGGGCUCAGCAGGCUGGGGAGGGGGCUCCGGGGCAGGCAGGGCUUUUGCACCCCACUCGGCGAGCUCCGCGACCGAGCCGGGACGGGCGUUUUGCCUCCCCAGCACCCCGGGCUGGAGCCGGUUUUUCUCAGCCCCUGAGGCAGGCGGACCCGCAGCCGCCGCUGCGUUUUUUAGGGGAGAUGGAGGCCGCUCCGUUAUGCUGGUAUUUACCGAGCCUAUCCCAAUAAACUUGUAGGGUAAGGGAAAGGAGACGACGGGGUCGGGAAGGCAGCCGGGCUGUGCACCACGGACCCGGCCGGGGCUGAGCGGGGGUGCCGAGGCACACGGGAGGCUCUGCCGAGGCUGCCUCCACCUUCCCAGGGCGCUUCUCUCUCCCCUUUUCCUGCAGCCGAGGAAAAUCCCCCCCGAACUGCCCCGGCCUCCUCGGGGCUCGUUCCCCAGCGAAGCCCGGGGGAAGCGCAGCCGCCAGGAGCGGGACGGCCGCUGGGCCGCCUCCCUCCCUCGAUAAAUGGCAAUAUUUCGGGCCUCCGAAAUACUCAGCACAAAAUCCGGAUCCGAUUCACGACAAAACCGCUCCCGGGACGGCAGCAGGAGGCUGCAGCAAGAGGUUGCAAGCGCUGCUGCAGCCCCGGCCCCAAAGCCCCAGCAUCGCCAGCAAAAAAAAAGUAAUUAAAAAAAUCCUUAACCAAAUUGCCCCAAAACGCAAAACCUCUCCGUGGGGAGAGAAAAAUCAGCAGAAGCGGGGGAAAAACUGCCCAGGGAGGGCUGCUGCGGGCAGGUGCCCUGGUUUUCCCCGCCUCGGAGGACUUUUUUCCCCCGUUGUGCGGGAGGAGGACGCUUUGCGGGCAGGAGCACGGGGACAAAUCCUACAAAUUGCCCCUCGGCGGCCGCCUGAGAGCCGCAGCCUCCCCGGCAGGGCACGGCCGAGGGCUCCCCAACUCACCGCAUCCACGGGGGCUCCUCCGCUCGCUCCCCGGCCUCCGCUCCCCCUGCCCCGCAGGGCUCGGAGCCUCCCGGAGCCGGGCAGCCCGCACCAAAGAAGUCGUUCAAGGGGGAUUUUUUUUUUUUUUUUCCCUCCCACCCCUAAGCCAAGAAAGAGCCGUAACGCCCCCGGGGCUCGCCCCCGGCUGCUGGGGACACGGCGAGGUUUGCUGCUCCCUCGGCCCCUGGCCCCCGUGUUUUCAGACGCUGGCACAAGCAGCGGUUUUUUUUUAAAAAUAAUGUUGGUUUGGAGCCGAAAGCUUUACGAACAACGGCGGAAAAAAACCACCCCUCGUUCCGGCCUCCAGAGCCCGAGGGUCGCUCUCUGUCAGCUGGCUUUUGCAGGCGUGUGAACCCUAAGCACGGAUUUCCCCUUCGCACAACAGUGACCUCCCGCUUUCUGGUUCCUGCGCUCGGAUAUUGCAGAAUGCUAAAAACGAAACCUCUGUUCCUUCGCUUAAAAAAAAAAAAAAAAAUGAAAUCAGCACAUAUUUGGUUGAUGGUUUCCUCCCAGCCUGUUUAUUUAAUCUGACUGUAUGAUAGAUGGCAUCAGAUAGGGGCUUUGUACACAUUAGGCCAUUCUGGAUUUUUUUUUUUCUAAAUGGAUCAACAAACUCGGCAGGGAAAGCUGGAUAAAUACAGUGCCGCCCCUUUAAACGAGCGGGGAUGUUUUGGAGAUGUAUUACUAUAUUAGGUGACAUGCAACUUUGCAUCUCUCAUACCAUCACCGCAAUGUUGGCCAAUAGAAAGCUAAAGUCACCCAAAAAGUGCCUAGUCCCUCCUUCCAAUCCCUUAUGGUCCGCUCCUACCUGCCUGCAGUGCACAAGGCGAGGCUGCUGGCGGGGAUGCUAUGUGCCCCCUCGGCGAGCUCCACCGCCGCUCCUCCUCGGCUGCUCCUCGCCUCCUUUUCCAUGACCCCGGGCUCCGGCCGCUGCCCCGCUCUCCUCUGCCAUGUUUCCUAGCCCUGUGACGACGACCCCUUUCUCGGUCAAGGACAUUUUGAACCUGGAGCAGCAUCAGAGCGGCCUGGUCCCCAUGGAGCUGCCGUCGCCCUCCUGCAUGCUGGCCGCCUUCAAGCAGGAGGCCUUCGGCACCGAGCCCCCCGGCCUGCCCGACCUGCGGGAGGAGCUGCCCGAGCCUCCCCCGGGCAAGGCGGCCUUCCCCAGCCCUUACUACGUUAAGAGCUACGCGGAGAUGGACUCGGCCAAGGACCCCAAGGCGGAUAAGAAAGAGCUGUGCUCCCUGCACAAGAGCCUGGAGCAGGAGAAGAGAGACCUGGACGAUCCCGAGCGCCCCAGACAGAGGAAGAGGAGGAAACCUCGCGUCCUCUUUUCCCAGGCCCAAGUCUACGAACUGGAGAGAAGGUUCAAGCAGCAGAAAUAUCUCUCGGCUCCCGAAAGAGACCAUCUAGCCAACGUCCUAAAGCUCACCUCCACCCAGGUGAAAAUUUGGUUCCAGAAUAGAAGGUAUAAAUGCAAAAGGCAGAGACAGGAUCAGACCCUCGAGAUGGUGGGGAUCCCGCCGCCCCGGCGGAUAGCCGUGCCGGUGCUGGUGCGGGACGGGAAGCCCUGCCUGGGGGAGUCUUCUCCCUACAGCUCGCCCUACAACGUCAGCAUUAACCCCUAUAGCUACAACGCCUACCCCGCGUACCCCAACUACAACAGCCCGGCCUGCAACGCCAACUACAACUGCAACUACCCCUCCGUGCAGCCCAUGCAGCCCUCGGCGGCCGGCAACAACUUCAUGAACUUCAGCGUGGGGGACUUGAAUUCGGUGCAGACACCCAUCCCGCAGGGGAACGCGGGCAUCUCCACGUUGCACGGGAUCCGAGCCUGGUAGGGCGGCCCCACAGGGGAACCCCACACCGGGGGGGGAGCUCGGCCGCGCCUGGGAGCCGCUCUCGGGACACUUGGGGGCUGCGGGGGGACGAGGACGGGUCGCUGGAGCAUCCCGCCGGAGCUCAGGAGCCUGGCACCCAUCUCCGUGGGGAGGCCUCCGGUGUUUGGAGCUGGCACUGGGGGGCUGCUCCCACCCCCGGCCGUGCCGGACCCUUCUGGCUCCCUGCUUCCAGCGGGGUCUUCGUCCCGGUAAUUCCUCCCCUUCCUUCCUACAAAACAGCCGCUCGUUUUGCUUGCCUCCUUCCCACUAACCGAACAACAGCGAGCCAAGCCCUACAACCCGUAAUUAUUAUUUUUUUUUUACUCUUAUACUAAUUAUUAUUGAGAUCCACGUUUAAGUUUUGCACUUCCUGUACGGUCACCGCUGCCCGGCCAGCUCAGCGCCCCCCCGGGCUGCCCCUCACCAGGCAGCUGAUGGGGCUCUCGUCAGCUCACAGCCGAGGACAGACCCCCUGGGGAACAAGGGCCCCCCGAUCCCCCGGUCCCUGUAGGGUUAUGCACUAAAACGUCCGUUAGUACCGAAAUGCACUGUCCUCUCCUCGUCCCGCCGCCUUUCCCUUUGCUGUAGCAGCUGACGGAGAUCAGCAAGUUGUCAUUAAAGAGAGUGGCUUUCAUCGCGCGUCCCCCGCCUUCAUUGCACGGCCAAGGUCCCCCCUAGGGCUCCCCGCCGACCCCUGGGGCUCCCCCCUGCUGCCACCCCUCCCCGUGUAGCCCUCCCUAAAUUCCAGCAAUUUCCGCGUUGGUGAGUGCAAACGGUGCUUGUAUUUUCAAUGUCUUUUAAAAAUAAUUUUCAACCUGCUUUGGAAGCCCCAGCCCGGGCAGGACUGCUGUGCACGAGCCCUGUCCCCCCCCCCCCCCAUCUCCCGGCCGGAUCCCAUCGCUGGGAGGCUCUGGGGGGCCUGAGUUCUUCCUCGCACAGAAAGGCGGUGCAAGGGGGGGGGGGGGGGGGAACAGCCCAAACCCUAAACCACAGGGCUCGGGGGCUGCCGGAGGGGAAGGGCCCCCGCCUGCUCCCUGCCUCUCCCCUGGCUCAGCCCCAGCCCCUCAGCCGCCUUUACAGUAGUCGCUAUCAAAUGUCAAUUAUUGGGAGUGAGAAACAACAAACAUUGUAAUUCGGCGCAGUCAAAACAUCCUCUGAGUGUCUGAGAUUGUCCGGCCCGGUGAUAAGGCGAUUAGGGGAACCUGCAACCUCUCCUGUCCUGGCCCUAUCGGCCCCAUCAGUAAACAGGGAUGGAGACAGGGUGGCUGUGGCCCUGGGACAUGGGAUGAAAGGCUGCUGGUGAAUGGAAGCCUUCUGCAGCCUCCCUCCCUCCUUCCCAAAGGGACCAACCCCACGCCCCCCGAGGCGGGAUGGCACAGCCGAGGAGCUCCCACCUCCUCCUGCUCUCUGCAAGGGGCAGAGGAGUCCUGGGUGCUGCUCACGGAGCCCCUAAUGCCACAUGGGGCACGGCCACCUGCCUGGGGCUGUGCAAAGGGGGCCUUCUGCCCCCUGAGGCCAGCCUGCCUCGGGGACACUUACCCGGCAGGGGGACGCUGGGCUCGUUACAGCAAAGGGGGCCAGGCCGCAGGGUCCAAAGCACCCACACACGGCUGCCCACCCCUGAAUGUGCAGGAGCUGGGGCCAGCCCCAGAGCGGUGCAGCCCGGGAGGAAAGGGCUACUUCUGCACGAAACCUCUCCUGUCCCGGGACCGCUGGCUGCACCUUAACUUUGGCCUUCUUCGCACACAGUCCGUGGGGCGGAGGGACUCUGAGACUUCAGCGGGUGGCUGAGAGAUGGCAGGGUAGCCAGAGAAGAGCCUGCUCAAAGAGCCGAGGUGUCUGCCUUCCCGAGAGCCGCAGGGAGGGAGCACGGGAGGGAGCCAGGUUUAAACUCUGCCAUGCCGUGGGGCACUGGCAGUUCUGUGCCUCAGUUAUCGAUAAGGCACGCACAGCGUUACUGCCUGGCUCAAGGCUGCUGGCAUCGUCUGCAGUCAGAGUCCCCUGCUGCAGAGCUUGGCCAGGAUCAGAGCUGACAGGGAGCCCUCAGGCGAUGAGGACAAGUCCUGAGUUAACAUGAGGGAAAGCAUCGAGACCAGCUACGAUGCGACUCUCUGCUGUUCAGAGGCUGGCCCUUUAUGAAGCGGUCUACAGCACCCCUCUCACUUCCACAUAGUCCAGACAUCUUUUCCCUUCCUCACACGUGGUCAUUUCUUCAAAUUUAUUUUCCCCCAGCCCUAUCUCAGCAGCGCAGCUAUCAGGGAAUCCAGCUGUCCGCUGGGAUCUGGCCUGCCGUUACUCUGAAGGGCAGUUCUGGACACCACUUUCAGGUCCAGCUUCCAGGACUGCCCUGUGCUCGUUCUUGCACGGGAUGGAUGCGCAGCCCCUCACACGCUCCUCUCCUCCCCACGCUUCCCCAUCCCCGCGGGAAUUGCAUCACGAGCAGAUGCACGGCAGGAUAAGACGGGGCCCUGGAACAGCAGCCGGAGCUUUGGAGCCGGCUCUGAACAUGAUGCAGGCAGGGGACAGAGCAGCAGCUGGCCGAAGGCGAGCACAGCACCGCAGCCCUGCUCCAGCAGCCGCAGAGCAAGGCGUGGUUAAAGACCUCUCGUUAGGUGGAUAUGGGGGAAGCUGGAUAGAAUUAAUGCUCAUUAGGAAUUAACCCCCAACGUGCUGAUUUCAGCCACAGGGCACUCACGGUGUUCAUGUGCUCAAGCACCCCAUCGCUGCUAGUUCUGCUCUGUCGGGUCUGGCUCGCCUCCUGCAAGAGCAGCCUCCAGAGCCGGUGUGGCCAACAGGGUUGAGCGGUGGAAAAAGGUUUCCCUGGGAUUUUGAAGGCACCGAGGCUGUCGGCACACACCACGGCACGCCCUCACACAAGUCCAGUCCUCUCAGCUGCUUACAAAAACUGAACGCAUCAAACCUGACAUGUCUCUGCCUGAGCGUGAAGGGCUCCAGGUCUUUGGAGCAAUAUGAAAAAAAAAAAAUAUAUAUAUAUAUGCUUAGAAAGCAUCGUUCCAGAGGAAAGCACAGGGUAUGAAUGUUUCCCUAGGGAGCCUGAAAUCAGAGAUCCUCUCAGUGUUUCGGGGCAUGCUAGGGGGUGAAGGACAGAGGUUUUUAAUAAUCCUUGUACCUGGAUCUGAUCUCAGUGCCCUUUCCUCAGCUUUUUUGAACUGCGCGGUCUGGCACUGGCACUUCCCCCUCCCCCCGUUCUAGGCCAGCUUUAUUUAGAAGAACUCAGUGCCCCCAGCUCCACCCGAAGGUAACGGGAGUGCAGCCCAGCACCACUUCUCUUCAGACAUAUUGUGUACGGUGGGUUUACACAAACUAUCUGGAAUUCAUACAACUUGUAAAGGAACAAAAAUAACAAAUAAACACGUCAGCUGUAAGGGACUGAUACCAAAUCCCUUGUCUCUGGCAGUUUUCUAGAAAUUGAGGUAAUUGUUUUUCCUAAAUAACACCCCUACAAUUCCUAGAGUGCAUCUGUGGCCAGAAUCUUAUUCCUUGAGUUCUGGGAGCUUUCACACAAAGUUACUCCGUGGAGUCACAAAACAAGGUUUGGUCCUGGCAGGAAUCAGCCAAAGUGUGCUGGAGGAGCCCAGCAGGAAAACAACAGAUCAACAGCCCUCUCUCCCCUGCCCCUGCUCCUAAUUCAUCUCACUGACAACAGUUUAGAUCAAUAUCAGCAGUAAGUGAUUUCUUGUUAACGGGGAUUAUUAAGAAGAAUCAACACCUUUAAAAUGCUAUUCCUCAUUGUCUCCAGAGUGAGAAAAGGAGACUGGGAGCUUUCAGACUGGAGGCUGAUCUUUCAUUCCUGGAGGCUGAUCUUUCAUUCCUGGGUGCUUGAUUUACUACAAUAUCAGCUUCGUGCUACGUUUUUAUGCAGAGAGAGAGGGAAAUGGAGACUUCUCCCAACAGGAGACCAAGCACCGGCAAUACAUUUGUGGAAGUUAAUUAAUCGAGGUUUAGCAAAGCGACACAGAAUAAAUUAC